AAUGUCAAACACCGCUACUUUAUUCGAUAAACAAUCACAUUGUUUACAAUACUAAUUGCAAACAGGACAAUGAGUGAUAAAAAGGUACAAAUAAACAAACGCGGAAAGGGUCGUGUAAACCGGGAAGAAAUACUUCAAUGGAGCAAAGAGGAGCUGAUAGCCAAGGUUUUACAAUUAGAUGCAUAUAACUUCCAGAUAAGAAAUUUGUUGCAAAAAAAGCUGGGACAAAAUGACAGUGAAUUUUAUGGAGAACUCGCUAGCCUGGACGCUAACGACAAUACAGAAAAAACUCAAGAAACUAAGGCACAACCAAUACAAAAGCCACAGAAACGUAAAUUUGAUUUUAAAAAAAGCCACAAGCGGCACGUGCUGAUGAAAUUGCUUUAUUUCGGCUGGGACUACCACGGCUUGGCAACUCAAGAAGAUUCAAAUGCUACAAUAGAACACCACCUAUUUCAAGCGCUAAUCCGCACCUGCUUGAUCGAGUCUCGCGAAACUGCAAAUUACCACCGUUGUGGACGCACUGACAAAGAAGUAAGCGCCUUCUGCCAAGUUAUAUCAAUCGAUUUACGCAGCAAAUUUCCAUCGGAACAACAACUUUUAACUGAAUCAUUAACUAAUGAAAUUGAUUAUUGCGCAUUAUUAAACCGUGUACUUCCGCGCAACAUACAAGCGGUGGCAUGGAUGCCGCUCCGCAAUCCAGUGUACAGCGCUCGUUUCGAUUGUGUCGAGCGCACAUACCGUUAUUACUUUCCAAAAGGCGAUUUAAAUAUAGAGGCUAUGCAAAAGGCCUGUGAAUUGCUAGCAAGACAUACAGACUUCCGAAAUUUUUGCAAAAUGGAUGUUAACAAUGGCGUAACAAAUUAUGUAAGGCAAGUAUUUAAAGCUACGGUACAAAGGUGCGAAGUGGAACAAUGCGAAAAAAAUUCCAUGGAAGGAUAUGCCAUGUAUAUGUUAGAAAUAAGAGCUAAUGCCUUCCUUUGGCAUCAAAUUCGCUGUAUUAUGGCAGUUUUACUGCUCAUAGGUGAGGGUAAAGAGCAGCCGGAAGUAAUAAGUGAAUUGCUGGAUGUAGCCAAAAACCCAUGCAAGCCGCAAUAUACACCGGCUAUCGGUUUGCCAUUAAAUCUCUUUCACUGUGAAUUCCGCGAGCAUACCAUACAACCCACUGAUAAUGCUGUAAAUAAUGGGGUUUCAGCAAAUUCAGAAGAAGGAGAGGCGCAUACAACUGCUUGGAUAUACGGUGAUGAACACCUACAAAAACUCAUCGAGAAUGUGCAAGGUGAAUGGAUGCAAUACAAUAUCAAAAGUACCAUGAUACGCGAUGUGUUGCACCAAUUAGAAAGCAUAUAUCAAAAAGAAUAUCAAUCUGCACCAGUGCAAGCGCAGGCUUGGUUGUUGCAAGACGGGGUUCGUCCACGUCAAUAUCAACAACUUUUAAACCGCAAACGUUGUGAGAGUUUGGAAAAUCGCAUUGAACAUUUCGUUAAAAAGCAGCGUUUGAUAGUUACCAAUGAUCCAGUAGCACAAAGCAACUUAGUAACGAAAACGAUGGCUAAAACGUAACACACACAAAAAAAAAUAUUUUAAUUUGUUUGUUUAUGGGCAAUCAUAUGUUAGCCACUUUACAAAAUAUCUACGCGCUGCAUAUGCGGUAUAUUGUAGUGUCAUCUUUAAGAAGAACAUAUUUGAAAGUUAAAAGAGAAUGAAUGCACUAUUUCUAUAUUUCAAAAAAUAAAUGCUUAUCUUAUAAAACAUUAA